CUUUGCGUGAGGGGCGUGGUGACGCGUAAUGCCUGCGUGCGGUCUGCGGUCCACCGCCAAAUUCAAACAGGGAGAAAGGAACAGCAGGAGCAGGCAGGUAGGUCAACACUGGAAUCUUCCAUGAUGGAUGGACUAGGUAAAGCUGUGGUGGGAGUGUGGCGAGCGCACACCACCCUGGAUGAGUCUGACGGUGCGGAGAGCUCCCCAGAAGCCCCCGACCGCUUCCGCAAGCUUCGCUCGUCAUCUUCACUCAACUCUCUGCGAAUGUCCUUGCGCAAGCGGCUCCCGCUGCGCUCCGUCCAGGCCAACUCCUUCCCGGAAAACCCAACUUCGGAAACCCAGAAGGAGCAGCCGAAGCCCAACGCGGUCCGCAAACUUACACGCAGUGCUCGGAACUCCAUCACUGAAGUAUAUCAGAGACUGCAGCGGACAAGAGAGUUUGCACGCGAGGAGUGUUUGGUAGCGACCCCCGGUGGGACAUGCGACGAGGAGGAAGCGGCAGCAUCGACUUCCCGCACCCCAAGACGCACGCCCGGACGGGGUGCGACACCCAGACGUACCCCCCGAUCGGCUGCCACGCCUGCACGUACCCCUGGCUCCAGAGGAAGAAGGACUCCCGAGGCCGGCGUACGCGGGGUGAAAAGGGAAGGAGGCCGGCGGCAGCUGGUCCGCAUGGCUGCUUUACAAAGUCCCUUUGCGUCCCCCAACACACAGAACCAGAGGAAAAGGUUUGACAGUGAUUUGGAGUCGGUGUCCAGUGGGAUCAGGAGGCUGAAACAUCUGUCCAAGGCCUUUGACAACAUAGUUGGCAGAGACAACAGUACACAGGGACGUUCUGGAGGCGCCCUGAUGAGAAAGUUGGAUCCCAGCGGUAAACUCUGUCGCUCCAACCUCACGCGUCGAGCCUCCAACCUCUCGAACACACUCGGAAGUUGGAGCAGCACUAUUCUCAAACCCAACUGAGCUGCACGUGUGUAUGUAAAACACACCGGACCUCUUUUUUUGUAGCCAUGUUUCACAUUUAUCUUUCUUGAGGUGUACGUUGUUGGUGUGAGACUGGGAGACCGUUACGUGGCAGCUUGUCUGUCUUUUUUUAAUGUUAAAGUAAUUAUUGUCUGUUUACAUGUCUCCGGUUAGCUGGUUGUGGUCCAAACAUCCUCAUCGUAGCUACCAAAGGGAUUUCUGUGUUGUCUGUCGUCACAGCUGCUGCAGCCACGCGUCUGCGCUACAUUUUCAAGUACAGAUUUACAUUUCUUUAUUUGUAUUGUCACUCUUUUCUCAGAAACCAGUUUUUACAAUUAUCUUUAUAAGAAAAAACAUUGUACUCCAGAACUAACACUAAAUUGACAAAUGGAAUAUGCAUUUUCCUGUACUUCAUAUGUAUGCAAUAAUGUUACUAAAUUGUGUUAUUCCUUUCUUAUAAUGUGAAGAUUAUUUUGUUUUUUUACACAAUAGCGAUGGUAGUAUUUGAGUCAAGUUGUUUCCUAUUUUCCUUGAGGCGGUGUUUAAUGGCCUGUGAGUGACCCAUGCAUCAAUACCAUUCACGUAAAUCAAUUGAUAAAGUAAUGGGGGAAGCUGUAAUGACCUGUUCCCCUGCGUCAACGAUGAUGAUAAUGUCAUAAAGCCAUAUUCAGCAAGUUAUUAAUGCUGUGACUGUCAAAGAAAUGCUCCCAAAUUAAGCAAAGCCUUGCCGUUCCUAUGUAUUAGUACUGCAUUUUAAGAGAAAGGAGGAAAAGAAUCAAACAAUAAAGCCUGUAAGCUUCAGUGAUCUGGAA